AUGGCGGCGGCAGUGCAGGAAGAGCGAACGGCAGAGCAGGGGCGACGGCUCGUGGCGACGCGUCACAUUGAGGCUGGCGAUAUUGUUUGGCAAGAGUCGCCGCUGGCCUGUGCACAGUUUCUGUGGAACCGGGCCUGUGGCUACCGGGCUUGCCAGCACUGCCUGCGCUCCCUCGAAUCUCCGCAAGAAACUGUCAACCGCUUGACGCAGCACGACUUGCCACUUCCCAACCCCAGCCAUCAGCUCGAGCCCGACGCGCGCAUCCCCCAAUUCUCUUGCCCUGGCUGCCCGGAAACGUAUUGCUCCGAGGCAUGCCUCGAGGCGGAUCAGGUCUUUCAUGCCCAUUUGUGCCCUCGAGCACACCCGACCGUCGAGACUUUGAACGAAGCAUGGCGGGAUAUGCACCCGCCCCCAGAGUCGACGAGCAUCACGCUGCUGCUCAAACUCGUCAUUCUUGAACACAACCAGCCCGGCAUUUUGUCCAAUUUUUGCCACGACUUUGCGCGAGAGAUCAACGGUGAAAUGGUUGCUCACCGCCUCUUGGCCCCCGAGUUUGAGGCCAGUUUAUCGCAGCUCAACGAGCUCGUGUGGGCUUGGGCUGAGGAAUGCCAACUGGACAAUGCGCAGCAGUGGCUCAAGCCCGAGGGCUUUCGGCGGCUGUGGAGUCUGAUCGGCACAAAUGGGGCAGGCGUCGCCUCCAAUACGCUGGCUGCCUAUGAUCGGCAACUGAGUGCCCUCGACCUGGAUGACGCAACGCAAAGCGAAGUGGACAAUACCAUGAACACCAUCUACGAGAUCGCUGGUGAAGUGGUUGGCGAAUUUUUGGACGCGGAAGGCAGCGCCAUCUACGCCACGCACUCUGCGUGCAACCACAGCUGUCGGCCCAAUGCCAAGGUGUUUUUCGAAGGCGGCAAUUUUGAGCUGACCAUCCGCGCAGAGCAGGACAUUGCACCUGGCGAGGCAAGCUGUUUGUUUGACACAUCUGAGGUGACGAUUAGCUACUUGGAUGACCACAUCCUCGAUCAUGGUGGCGACGUGCGCCGCGAGGUGCUGCGGGAGCAAUAUCUCUUUGAGUGCAGUUGUGUGCGCUGUCUGAACCCGACAACCACGGAUGAUGAGGACGAGGAGAGCGGAGACGAUGGCGAGCAGGACCAGGAGAUGGAAGAAGAUGAUAUGGUGUUUGUUGUGUCGCCGGAAUGGUUUAUGUUAAUCGAAACUGCCUUUGCCACUUUGACAGUGGGCGCCAAACUGAACGGCACGAAACAACAG